UUGGCUGGACGGGACAUGGCGUGGUGGCCGAUUGGAGCGUCCCUCUUUGCCAGUUCAGAAGGCUCAGGUUUGUUUAUUGGUCUGGCUGGUACCGGAGCUGCUGGAGGCAUCGCUGUCACGGGUUUUGAAUGGAACGCCACCUAUGUGUUGCUGGCUCUGGCCUGGGUAUUUGUGCCUGUCUACAUCUCCUCAGGGAUCGUGACAAUGCCAGAGUACCUGGGCCGUCGUUUCGGAGGAGAGAGGAUCAGAACCUACCUGGCUGUCCUCUCACUGCUAUUGUCCAUCUUCACAAAGAUAUCAACUGACCUGUACUCUGGAGCCUUGUUUGUUCAGGUGUGUCUGGGAUGGAACCUCUACCUGUCCACUGUCCUCAUGCUGGUGGUCACUGCUCUCUACACUAUAGCAGGUGGUCUCGCUGCUGUCAUCUACACCGACACUCUACAGACAUUGAUCAUGAUUAUAGGGGCAAUCAUCCUUACAAUCACUGCCUUCAACGAGAUUGGUGGCUACAGCAACCUGGAGCGUGUGUACAGCAUGGCGGUGCCAAGUAACAUCAUUCCCAACAGUACCUGCCACCUGCCACGUGAGGACGCCAUGCACCUGUUCAGAGACGCCGUCACUGGAGACCUGCCGUGGCCCGGCAUGACUCUGGGGCUCACAAUACUGGCCACCUGGUACUGGUGCACUGACCAGGUGAUUGUACAACGAUCCCUAUCUGCUAAAAACAUGAGUCACGUGAAAGGAGCAUCAAUCCUGGCUGCUUAUCUGAAGAUGCUGCCCUUCAUCUUCAUCGUCCUCCCUGGCAUGAUCAGCCGAGCUCUCUAUCCAGACACCGUAGGAUGUGUGGAUCCAGAAGAGUGUGUGCGAGUGUGUGGAGCUGAGGUGGGAUGCUCCAACAUCGCCUUUCCCAAACUGGUCAUUGAACUCAUGCCAAGUGGCUUGCGUGGACUCAUGAUAGCGGUGAUGAUGGCCGCUCUGAUGUCAUCGCUGACCUCCAUCUUUAACAGCAGCUCCACACUCUUCACCAUGGACAUCUGGAAGAAGUAUCGCCAACGGGCCUCGGAGAGAGAGCUGCUCCUGGUCGGCAGGAUCGUGACUGUGAUCUUGGUGGUGGUGAGCGUGGUGUGGAUCCCCAUCCUGCAGUCGGCCAACAGUGGCCAGCUGUAUGUUUACAUCCAGUCAGUGACGAGCUACCUCGCUCCGCCUGUCACCGCUGUGUUCACCCUGGCCAUCUUCUGGAAGAGGACCAAUGAGCAGGGUGCGUUCUGGGGCCUGAUGGUGGGUUUGGUGGUGGGUGUUUGUCGGAUGGUGCUGGAAUUUGCCUUCCCGCCUCCCAGAUGUGGAAUCGUGGACUCGGCACCCGAGAUUCUGCGCAGCGUCCACUACCUCCAUUUUGCCAUUCUGCUCUGUGGACUCACUGCUAUUGUUGUCACUGUAGUAUCACUGCUCACACCGCCACCCAGCCACGAACAGUUGUGUAACCUGACCUGGUGGACUCUGACUGAAGAGCCACCAAGAGAAAUCCCUCUACAGAAAGUGUCCUCUGUCAGCCACCGUAGCUCCCAGGGCUCUGAGCCAACCCGGCGGGUGACAUGUGGUCAGGGGACAAGAUUGUGUAUCUCAGCGGCGCGGCGCUCAGAGGAGACUCCAACUCCCAGAGUUCAAAACAUUAGAGAGAGUGUGUUCUGGUCCAGGUUCUGCUGUGUCAAUGCACUUCUGGUGGUCAGCAUCAACAUUUUUCUCUACGCAUACUUUGCCUGAGUAUUUAACUUCCUGUCUCAACCUCCUGCCAAUCUCUCCAAGAACAUGGCGAAACAAACUGUGGGUUUUUUUGUACUGAUUUUACAUAAAUCCUGCAGAUGUAGCUUCAGGUUUUGUAAAAUAAUAACCCUUUUUAAACAAGAGAGCACAAACCUCUAACUACAAACCUCUAAAUGAAGACAACGUUGAGAAUAAUCUGCAGCUGGAUCCACAUCCGUAUGAAAUUACCCAUAAUAACAGAUAAUUAUGACAUGGGAGAAUUUAAGGAAGCUCAAAAGGUCACGAAAGAAAAAAACCUUUGAAAAGCAACCUGGUUUUAAAGUUUAAAAAGGCUAUUGUACAAAUUACAAUGAAGCUUGUGGCUUGUAACAAGCUAACAUGAAUGUGCAGUUAGUGUUAGAUAAAAUAUGACAUCUAAAUAAAAGGGCAUAACACAUCAUCUUAUAUUGAAAGCUUACAAAAUAUAUGGUAAGAAUACAUUUAUGUGGUCUAGGUUGUAUGUUUCUUCCAUACUUUCUUUUAGUCUAUAUACCUAAUAGUAAUUAUAUAGUUAUGUUUAUGACGUUAUGUUUAUCAAGGUUUUGUGAACCCUCAGUUAUCGUUCUAGUGUUUUCGUGCUAUUGAGCUUGUUUAUGUUGUUUGUAAAUCAAAAUUUCUCAACCUUUUUAAUUUGUCAUGUCAGUUUAAAUAUACACGCUUUGUGUUUUGUAUUUAAGAGUGCAUUUGGAGCAUUUAAAUGAAAUAAUGAGAAGUUUUACACUUUAUUAUUACACAUUUAUCAGACAGAUUACAAUUGAACAGAACUGAAAUUUGUCUUUAACCCCUUUCUGCUUAACAACAGACUCGAGGGGCAUUAACCCCAAGGUUGGGAAACGUCUAUGUUGCUGUGCUUUUUCAAUGGUGAAAGACUUAUUAUAAAGGACCUCAUGUUAAUCAAAAGACAAAAAUAUCCAUCAAGUGUUUAUUCUUGUGAUUUCUCAAAUAAAUGUAAAGAUAUGUGCAUCAAAGCUACAAGUGUUGGUCCAGUAUUUAUAACCAGAUGAUAUCACUCUUUCUUUGUCUUGUUUACAGUUUACUUACGUUCAGGU